AUGAGAGUCCACGCUGUUGCUGCCGUACGGAGUAUCUUCAGAGCCCAGAGGCGAGCCUUCUCGGCGACGUCGAGACGAUGGGAGAGCUACGGGUUCAUCGGCCUGGGUCAAAUGGGUUACCAAAUGGCCAAGAACUUGCAGGCGAAGCUACCGCCGAGCGACUUGGUCAAGCUGUUCGAUAUCAACGGCGAGGCGGUGAAACGAUUAGCCGAGGAGAUGCGGACGUCUCAGACCGGUGGCGCCGCUGUGGAAGUCGCGCGCGAUGUUGGUGAUGCUGCGAAAGAGUCGGAUGUGGUAAUCACCGUAUUACCCGAGCCGUCGCACGUAAAGAGCGUGUAUCGCGAGAUAUUAUCCCCAAAUCUGCCUAGGAAAGACAGGGUAUAUAUCGAUUGUUCCACUAUCGAUCCUUCUUCAUCCCGAGAGGUUGCAAGCUGGGUUGCUGAUGCCAACCAAGGUCAAUUCGUCGACGCCCCCAUGUCGGGCGGAGUGGUAGGCGCCACUGCCGGCACUCUGACCUUCAUGCUGGGCGCCCCCGACGCUCUGGCACCAAAGCUGGAACUGAUCCUACUGCGGAUGGGGAGACGGGUGCUGCACUGCGGCGCACAAGGUAACGGCCUCAGUGCCAAGCUAGCCAAUAACUAUCUGCUCGCCAUCAACAACAUCGCGACGGCCGAAGCGAUGAAUCUGGGCAUCCGAUGGGGUCUCGAUCCCAAGACGUUGGCCAACGUGAUCAACGUGAGCACGGGCCGAUGCUGGCCGAGCGAAGUCAACAACCCGGUAAAAGGAGUUGUCGAAAGCGCGCCGGCUAACCGUGAUUAUUCCGGUGGGUUCGGCAUCGGUCUAAUGAAGAAGGACCUCAAGCUCGCCAUCGUAGCUGCAAAGGAAGCCGAGGCCAAGUUGGAACUUGGCGAUCGGGCGAGACAGGUUUACGAAGAUGCCGAGAAAGUAGAUGCGUGUAAGGGGAGGGAUUUCUCGGUUAUAUAUAGAUUCUUGGGCGGUAAAGAAUGA